CUGUGGCGCCUAGUGGCUGCUCAGUUACGGAAUUCUCCGUCUUCCUGAGGCUCCUUCCCACUUCCUUUCUCCUCCCCCUUUUCCCUUCUUCCAACACACUCACCAGGAGCUUCUGUUUUCUUGCCCCGCGAGCGUACUUGCCAUUGCCCCCUUCUCCCAUUUCUGUAUGUACCCUAUCUGGUUCCUCGGUCCAGCAUCAGACAAUUGGAAAUGCAAAAAGGACAUGCAGAGUAUUUUUGCAUGUUUCCCCUCUAGCGAUUUGUAUCUUGAGGUAGUUCUUACCUCUCUUCCAGACGUCUAGGAAAUCUGUCUGAGCCCCAGAGACCUAGGUUUCCAGCCCCAGACCCGCCAGUUACCAGUUAUUUGACAGUAGAAGAGUUACCCGGCCAUUGUUACCUAAACCACGUUAGUGGUUAGUGCCCGGCUGCUGCUCUGAGUGUGGUAAGGACCACAUCACACUCAGCAGUGCUUAAAGGUACAUUGGUAAUUGCUAAUAGUGAGGAAUAAACGUAAAGUGGAAUCGCUGUUGAUUUAGGUUGUGACCCGCUGCUGAUGGGACUUUGGGUUUUUUCCGGUACAAUGAGUGCUGGUUUGCAAAUUGAGGAGUCCUAGAUUCCAGCACUCUCCGCAGCUCCUCGGGAAUGUCUCCUGGUUGCUGAGAAGUCUCUGCUGCUUGGAAGAAGUCUUUGGCUGAACGUUUCCCCAGCCUGCUGCUUAGCUGAGCCCAUUUCAGUAGGAAUGGCCACCCUGCCCUCCGCUCCCCUAUGUAUACCCCUCGUCUUCAUCUCUGCAGCACCUAACUCCGGAUCUAAGUCCCUAUGGGAUUCUGCAAAUCCUAUAGCUGUUCUUCCACUGAAUUGAACAGAUUGAAAGACGAUGACAGUGGGGACCAUGAUCAGAAUGAAGAAAACAGCACACAGAAAGAUGGUGAGAAGGAAAAAACAGAACGAGACAAGAGUCAGGGCAGCAGUAAGAGGAAGGCUGUUGUCCCUGGACCAGCAGAGCAUCCCCUGCAGUACAACUAUACUUUCUGGUACUCCAGAAGAACCCCCGGCCGUCCCACUAGCUCACAGAGCUAUGAACAGAAUAUCAAACAGAUUGGCACCUUUGCCUCUGUGGAGCAGUUCUGGAGGUUUUACAGCCACAUGGUCCGUCCCGGGGACCUGACAGGCCACAGCGACUUCCAUCUCUUCAAAGAAGGAAUUAAACCUAUGUGGGAGGAUGAUGCAAAUAAAAAUGGUGGCAAGUGGAUUAUUCGGCUGCGGAAGGGCUUGGCAUCCCGUUGCUGGGAGAAUCUCAUCCUGGCCAUGUUGGGGGAACAGUUCAUGGUUGGGGAGGAGAUCUGUGGGGCUGUGGUCUCUGUCCGGUUUCAGGAGGACAUUAUUUCAAUAUGGAAUAAGACUGCCAGUGACCAAGCAACCACAGCCCGAAUCCGGGAUACGCUUCGGCGAGUGCUUAACCUACCUCCCAACACCAUUAUGGAGUACAAAACCCACACCGACAGCAUCAAGGCCUGGGAGGAGUUUCAUGGCCUGGUGAACAGCAGCGGCCGCUGAUCGGACGCUCCCCUCUGUCUCUCACACUCAGGGGACAAUUCAAGCUUUCGAAAUACAAAAAUCACAUUGUGAAAGUACACGAGCUGGCAAUAAUCCUUUUCUGUAUGUGUGUGUUUGUCCGCAAUGGAUGGGAGGUCUCCAGCCGGUCCUUCCAUCUGCUCACUGAAGGGACGUCCCCGAGCCGUGUGCUCCCCUUUUGCACUCAUUCCUGGAGGACAGAUUCCGCUAGACACCCUCCAGCAUCGCUGACUUUAUAAAGCGGAAAAACAGAAAACGUGACUUUGUAAUAGACAAAACUUUUUUUUUAAUGGGGUUCUGUGGGGGGGUGGAGUUCAGCCUUUUGUUUUGCUGUGUGCGGUCCAGAUGCCUGUCGGGCGUUCUGUGUGCUCUCCUCUGCUGUACGAAGGGCAUCGUGACCACGUGUACAAGCCAGAGCUGUCGACCGAGAGUUGUCAGUAUUAUGAAUGUCUGUGCGUCCAGGAAAAGCUUUUUGUUGGAGAGUCCCGGAAUGGCUAUAAAUGCUCUCUUCUAGCUCUGCCAUUAAGUUAUUGGGCCAUUUUGUUUAUUUCUCUCCCCUUUUCCCCCAAGCCCACCAUUUUCUGAAAAUGUGUUAACUGAUUUUGUAUAGUCUCCUGCCUUAUGCCCUCCAGUUCUACCCUCCUGUGGGACUCUUUCUUCUUAGGCACUGCUGCACUUAGAAUUUUAAUCCAGUGGGCCACACUGGUUUCACCGAGGCAGCUCAGAAGGUAUGCCUUGGUAAAUCAAACUGGCGCAGAAUCCAGUUUGAUUAGGAGCUAGGUUAUAAUAGCGGUUCCAAGUGCAGGAUUUGGAGCUGAGGGCAAUGUCUGAAACCAGAUGAGCAGGGCCUGUGUGUCCAGCCUGCUGCAUGACCCUCGUUGAGGAAGGGAAGCAAAAGCUUGGUUGUUGCCCAGUGUGAACACUUAAUAUGGUAAAUUCUAUGAUCCCAAAACUGGGGCAUCUGAAGAGAAGGUGACCGUGAUGGGUGGCUUUCUUUGCAUGGCUGUGCCUGUCUGCAGUGGUUGAGGAAACCUGCUUUCGGUCCUUGUCACCUGGUAGAUAAUGCUAGUAAUGCGUGCUGACCCAUGACGUCCAGACAGAAACCUCUGACAGGCCACUGCAAGCAUGCUUUAAAAAAGACCAGUCAGGCAUCAGAGAAGCCUGGUGAUCUGACUCCAGAAGGACUGAAGUCAGAGAGGUCAAAAGAGCACCUAGGAUUGAAAUCAGUACUGAGUACGAGUCCCACAGCAGCCUGCAGGGAGCGCUGUCUUACUUGGCUCUUGUGAGCAGAGAUCGCAGUACCUUAAAUUAAGGCCUCUCCUAAAACCUGUCCUUGCCGGCCAGGGCCUUCGCCACCUGGUCUCAGAGAAGUCCUAGGAGAGUAAUAGGCGUUUCCUUAUUGUAUUUAUAUUACUCUCUUCCUACUUUCCGAGUCCUGAACCCCCUCUAAUUACCACUGUCUUGGGAUGCUUUUUCCCGAAAGAAUGGGAGUGCAGGAGCCAAAAGGGAGGUGCUUCCAUUACAGGUGAAGUUAGAUCGGAUAAGAAGAUCUAGCCAUGAUUUAAACUCCAGGAGUAUGAAGAAUGAAUUGUAGUGCCCAGAUAAUUGUGAAGGGCUCAGGCAAACAGAGGAGCAACAUUGGCUAAAAUGGGGAGCGAAGGCUGCCUCCUUGAGUAUUUGUCUAGACCCCAGGGAGGGCUUCACGUUUGCCUACACUCAGAUUUGCCGUGAGAAUUCCAAAGAGAGCAGGCAUUUGGAUUUGCCCUCCUUGGGGCAUCUACCUGUUGUGUGUGUGCAAGCAGGUGCGUAUGUGUGUGAUGUGUUCGUGAGGGAGGGUUCUGUCAGGCUGAGUGCUUGGGUGUACUGUCCAUAGUUUUGCGCUUUUUUUUUUUUUUUUUUUUUUGUCUCGUUCAGAUUUUUCAAUCUCUCGUGUUUUCUAGAACCGCUCAUGUUUUCCUUCUUCCUUGGCAUUGCAGUAUUUGAAAGUUAUCUUUUCCCAUCAAAAGAUGCUGGCCCUGUGCUGGUCAGAACGAGAGUUAUUUCUCUCAGGCAGCGUCUUACCCGCAGGGCUCUCCCGGAUAUUCUGUCCAGCAGUUUUAAGUGGGAGGUUGAAGAGUCAGUUUAGCCAAACCACCCAUUUUCCAAACUGGCUUGAGAGGUCCUUUUACUUCCUUUUGACUCCAUGGGCCUCUGCUACACUGCAGUAUGACACGGCAGUGGUUAUGGUAUCACCUACCCUGGGGACAAAGCGGGCAAAAGGUGCGCCCAGACCAACCUCACCAACGUGGUAGGUUGCUGCCUGGAGAUGGGGAGUCACCUUCCACUUUGCACAGGUGGGCUGUUGUCCCCUGACCCCUCUGCUGGAUUUUCCGUUUGAAAUUGGCCCCUACUCUCGAGGGCUCUUCUCAUUUUAUCCUUCUAUUCAUGUGUGUGGGGUUUUUUUUUUUUUUCCUGUGACCUUGGCAGUGGCAAUAAUUAUCCACCUAGAGAGAAGCUUGUGGUCCGCGAUGCUCCAAGAAUGAACUUCCAAGAAUUUGCCAGUGGAGGGGCAGAGGCUGUGACAAAGUGAUUUAGUGUUGCACUUUCAGAGCGAUUGUCUACUGCAGUAAUAAAUGAAAACUAUCCGCAA